AAAUGCGCCUCAACUCAAGCUGCGGAAAAUCCGUGUGAAAUCUAUCAGAAUAUAACUCAGCACCGUCAGUGUUGGAAAUGUUUAGAGCAGGCUACCUCAGUUUUAUUGUCUGCUGUUGAAUACAUCAGUCGUACUGUGCAUUUUUACCCAGUAUUUAAUAUGAGGUGACUGCACUGCAUGGAAACACUGGAGGUGGAUAAAAAAACAACAAAAAACGGAUCAAUGAAUUUUCAUAUUAUUAAAUAAUCUAUCAAGGUAAACAGUUAUUUGUAAGCAUAAGUAUUAGCUCUUUAUUAGGCAUUAUAAAGCAUGUAUCAUGUGCAUGUAUGUCUCUAUUAAGUAUGUAUUAUGUCAUGCAGAAUAUGUAUUAUGUAUUGUGCAUGACCAUAUUCUACAAGUACUGGGCCAUUAACUUACCUGUAUGUGUUCCCUCUGUAGCCACCUAAUUCCUGCUAGAAAAAUAAAUUGUUGUACAUGAAUUGCCAUAUGAAUGUGCUCUAACUAGUGUGAGCUUUACAAGGUGGAGAAUAAUAAUUUUCCCCUAAUAGCUCUUGGUACAUCUGACUUCUGUAAAAAUAAAUAAAUAAAUAAAACAAAUGUCCGUGCAAGACCUCCCUAAAUUAAUACAGUAUGUUCCCCUUUCUAAAGUACUAAUUUACUAGUAGUUUAACCCACAUAGGUGCCUAGUUCUAUUAGUUUAAUUAGUUAGUUAUGGUCAUGCUGGAUAAGGCGUUGAUAAAUGCUGAUAAUGACUAAUAAAGAGCCUUACAUGUAUGCUGACAAACUAAGUUGAUGGUGAAUAGGUUUACCUUAAAGUGUUACCCAAAUCAUAAAUCAUACAAAAGAUUCAGUAGUAUUUUUGGUCACUUACUAUUCUGCUUCACGCUGUAAUGUGAUGUUAAUAUUUUGUCUUCCCCCUUAAGUUUUAACUCCUCCUUCAAACCCCUUAGCUAUCACUUCUCUAUAAAUAUGGAGGCUGACGGUUAAAGAACUUGAUACAGAAAUAGCUGAGCAGAACCAGAGUUUGCCACAUUAUUUUAUUAAAGCAAUCUUAUUAUAAGUACCUCUGAAUCUGAAGUGUAAAACAUUUGUAUCCUAGUUUAUUAGUGUACUAUUAUAGAACAGCCGCUUUGAAAUCUGGUGAGAGAAUGAAUGCUGAUGACUGCAAUGGACGCUCAUAUGCACCAGGCAAUGGAGGAGAGUCAACCGAACAGGAAUUUUAUGGCGGGCUGCAGGGCCCUUCAGCAAGAUCUCCAAACAGUCAGCAAUCUUCACCACAUCAGUCUCUUAGCGCAAAUUCCAUUAAGGUUGAGCUGUGCAGCGAUGAUGAGUCACCAGGUGCUCCACAGGCGGAAAGUAAGGAGGCUGUGAGGGACGAUAGCAGGAUGGAUGACAAAGGAGAUUCCAUGGAAGAGGGGAGUGCCGAGUAUGCUCCUGCUGGAAGAGAUAGAGUGAGCGUCUACAAUGAGAUGGCCAGUACAAAUGCCGGUUCUCCAGGACCUAUUCGACUACCCAAUGGAAAGCUCCAGUGUGAGGUAUGCGGGAUGAUCUGCAUUGGACCCAAUGUGCUCAUGGUGCACAAGCGGAGCCACACGGGUGAGAGGCCAUUCCACUGUAACCAGUGUGGGGCUUCCUUCACUCAGAAGGGGAACUUAUUGCGGCACAUCAAAUUGCAUUCAGGAGAGAAGCCUUUCAAAUGCCCUAUUUGUAACUAUGCCUGCCGCCGGAGAGAUGCACUGGCAGGACAUCUGCGCACACAUGCAGUGUCUUCUCCAACGGUGGGAAAACCUUUUAAGUGCAGCUACUGCAGUCGCAGCUACAAACAACAGAGCACAUUGGAAGAACAUCUGGAGCGCUGCCAUAGUUAUUUGAAGAGUUUGGACAAUCAGACAGCGGUUACUGCUCAGACCGCACGAGGGGAAGAAUCACUGAAUAUGGAGCCAAUGACUAAACCUGCACUCCAGCCAUCUAAUGAAAAAGUCCACUUUGCAGAUAGACUGUCUAUUAGUAUCACCAAACGCAAAAGAUCAACGCCACAGAAGUUUUUGGGUGAAAAGCACAUGCAUCUUGACUUACCUGAAGCACCUUAUGAAUUGUCCUCUGGCUCUGAGAAGGAGGGGGACCUCAUGAGCGCUCACCCUACGGGGGACUCUGCUCGGUUGGGAGCGUCCCAUCUGCAAGGUACCAGGGGCAAAGUUGAGAACCAUGAGCCACCCACACAGCCUCAGCUCCAUCCUGCCUUCCUGUUGGGUAUGGGCCCCAUCAACAGUAACGUGACUCCUCAGGGCCCACGUGCACACGCUGGAGGUGGGCUGACAGCGAUGUCUUUUGGUCUCGCUGUGCGGGAGGCAGGCGAAGGCCGUGAUGACCAACCCUCAACCCAUAGCCACACCACCUCACCCAACGGCUGUCCUGACUCCACAGACACAGAGAGCACAGCAGAAGAGCAGAGCACAAGGGCUACAGGCCCCACAAGUACCUCUAACAACCACCACCUCCACUACCAAACCGCAGCACUGCCCCGCAGCCAUCCCACUUCCAGCCCCAGCCAGGCCAAAGACUUGGACCCAGAGUGGGAGAGAGUGUGUCCGGUGCCCACCACCAUAGUAAAGAGGAGCCCUGGCUCACCUCUUUCUUCCAAGGAGACCAUGCAAGUUUUGGACAGAGAUGGUCGGCCCGUGCGCUCCUUCUACUGCCGGCACUGCCGCAUCCUCUUCCUGGACCAUGUCAUGUUCACCAUUCACAUGGGUUGUCACGGAUUUCGCCAGCCCUUCGAGUGUAACAUCUGUGGCCACCGCAGCCAGGACCGCUAUGAGUUCUCAUCUCACAUCAGCCGUGGAGAGCACCAGGUGGGCUGAGAGGACGGUAUAGUGGUCGUCGAGGAGAGGUGACUGCUGCUCUCUAAAGUUGUCGGCUCACGUUUGUUCUGCACCAGAUUAGUUGCUUUAAAUCCCUAGCAUAAGUAAAAGGAUUUGUGGGAUCAUUGUGAAAAUCUUUAUGAAACAUAACCAGGUGCAAGUGAAUCUUUUCAUUGCACAUUUUAAAGAUAAGCGGAGGCAAAUUACAUUUUAUGAUUGAUUGCACUCCCACAUCAAAUCAUCUGGCAAAACUGCAGGUUUUGCUUCAGAAGUGCCUUCUUGGGGGAUUUCCUCUAAACUAAAAAAAACUGGCAAAGACCUGGUGCUCAGAAAUCUUGACUAGCCAUCUUUCCUUAGCGACAUAGUUAGCACUUUUGAAAGGUCUUGUGCACAGGUAAUUAAGAAAAGCGUGGCAUGUACAUUUAAAGAAUUAUAUUUGGUACGUUUAGUAUGCACAAGGUGCUUUGUUUUUGUGGUUGAGGGGGGUAUUUUGUGUGUCAGGUAAGCUUAAUAUGCACUGAGAGCUUUGUGCCUCUGGGUCUGGGAGGAGCUUUUGUCGUAGACGAAGCACAGAAAAUGGAUUGCCUUAACUCCUAUAACAGUACGCUGUUAUGGGAAUACAUAUUGUUUACAGUAUGGUUCAACAGUGUGAAAUCACCUCAGAGGUAAGAAUAUUUGCAGCUGCACAGUCCGAAGACACAGCAAAAUCAUGAAGGAAGCUAACUACAAAGUUCUCACCUAGAGGUGAAUUGGGGGUUCAGGUCUUAGAUGUGAAAUAGGCUUUUGGAUUUUAAAGUGAGCCUUAGAAAACUGGUGCAGAUCAGACCGUGAGCCGUGUAGUGUACAGUAAGAGCCUGACUGAGAUGGCCCAGGGUGCUAUACCUACACAGGAUUGCACUUUUAGGUUCCCUGCUUAUAUAUGAACAUUUGCUGAAGCACUUGAUGGCUUUACAAAUUUUUUUCUGUGAUUGUUCUACUGCACUGAUAAAUGGCAUAAUACUCUCAAUAAUUGAUCGUGAAAUUUGCAACACCAGUGCAUUUUUGACGGAGCCGGCCUUCUACAGAAUCCCACAGCGCUGCACUGGUUCUGCGGUCUACACUCAAGUUUGCUGCAAAGUGUGACUGAGAAUUAAAUAUCAGUUUAACUACAGUAAUUCUUUUGCAGUUUUUCACUCAGAAUCUUGGGUGAGAUUUUUAAGAAUUUGCAUAAUGAAUGAAUUAAUAAUUCAUUAUUUAAAAACAAUUAACAAAACCAGUUUGAAUCUGUUCAGUUAUCACUUGUGGUUAUCUAUUUAGUGUUGUUUGUUUCAGCCUUGGUGUAUUUGCAUCAGCUAUAUUCCAAAUCUUAUCCAGCAUAUUCCUCAAGUCCAUGAAAUGUUACCUCCUGCUUCUUUAAAGCACCCAAAUACCUUAUUGCUACAGUACGGUGAGUUAUCUGGUAAUGUUAAUAUUGGGAACAUGAAUGAGACCAAACUCAGUAUUCUAACUUGUUAUUGUGGGUUUGCUGCUUCAUAGUUUAACUUGAUUUUCUUUAAUUGCAGGCAAAAAUGUACUUGAAACUGUUUUCAGAAAAAAAGAAAAUCUAAAAUGCACUUGGUUUGAUAAGUAGAGAAAUGUGUGUGAAUGGAAUAUAGCAUGUGUGCUUGUCAUUUUCUGCUUUUACCUGAAUUGUGAAUUAUUUUUUCUAAAUGUGAAGUACUUUCAGAAAGUGAAAAUGAGGCAUGGGUUUUUGUCUUCUUGUGUGGACCUUUAAUGUUAUAUGAUAUUUUGUGAAUGACGUAACAUGACAAAACACUUUACCUCAAAGUUAAAGAUGUACAACUGCCUCAUUAUUUCAAGAAGUCAUGUUGCUUUCCGAGAUGUAAUUGCAGUUACAGAUGCGUGCCCCUCAAUAUUCUCAAAACUUUUUACUGUCAAUAAAGUAAAGUUUAUUAAGUGA